GUAGGCGCGGAGAGCUGUAGGAAGCCGCCGCCCCAAAGGCAGGCGCGUACCCCGUAUACACACCCAACCGCGAGCGAUGGACGCCGCGGCAGCUGCUGCGGGAGGGAGGGAUGGCGAGGAGAAGAAGGAAGAAGCAAAGAAGAAGGGGAGCGGCGCCGGCGGCGCCGGCGACGCCGGCGACAAGAGGGUGCCGUUCACGGCGCUGUUCCGGUACGCCGACGGCACGGACGUCCUGCUGAUGCUCCUCGGCACGGCGGGGGCGCUGGCCAACGGCGUCACGCAGCCCAUCAUGACGGUCAUCUUCGGACAGGUCAUCAACGCCUUCGGCGGCUCCGUCGACACGGGCGACGUCCUCCAGCGCGUCAACAAGGCAGUUCUGAAUUUUGUCUACCUGGGCAUUGCAACAGCUGUUGUUUCCUUUCUCCAGGUGUCAUGCUGGACAAUGACAGGAGAAAGACAGGCAACACACAUUCGAUCUCUGUACCUCAAAUCUGUCUUGAGGCAAGAAAUAGCAUUCUUUGAUGUAGAAAUGACAACUGGGCAAAUUGUUUCAAGGAUGUCUGGAGAUACCGUGUUGGUUCAGGAUGCCAUUGGUGAAAAGGUCGGCAAGUUCCAACAACUUAUUGCUACCUUCAUAGGUGGCUUUGUAAUAGCAUUCGUAAAAGGAUGGCUUUUAUCUCUUGUCAUGUUGGCAAGCAUACCUCCCGUUGUCGUUGCUGGAGGAAUUGUCUCAAAAAUGCUCUCUAGAAUCUCUAGCAAGGGGCAAACAUCAUAUGGCGAUGCAGGGAAUGUAGUUGAACAGACGCUUGGUAACAUUAAGACAGUGGUCUCCUUCAACGGUGAGAAGCAGGCUAUUGCAACCUACAAUAAACUCAUACACAAGGCAUAUAAGGCAGCUGUUGAGGAAGGAAUUACAAAUGGUUUUGGCAUGGGUUCUGUUUUCUUUAUAUUUUUCUCAAGCUAUGGAUUAGCCAUAUGGUACGGCGGCAAGUUGAUUCUUAGCAAAGGUUACUCAGGAGGAGACGUCAUCAACAUCUUGUUUGCUAUAAUGACUGGUGCAAUGUCUUUAGGUAAUGCAACACCCUGCAUGGCAGCCUUUGCAGAAGGACAAUCUGCAGCAUAUAGAUUGUUCGCGACAAUCAAAAGGAAACCAGAAAUUGACCCUGAUGACCCAACUGGUAAGCAGUUAGAAGACAUCAAGGGUGAUGUUGACCUAAAGGAAGUGUACUUCAGCUACCCAGCAAGACCAGAGCAACUAAUAUUUGAUGGAUUCUCAUUACAUGUGUCUAGCGGCACUACAAUGGCUAUAGUUGGGGAGAGUGGAAGUGGCAAAUCAACUGUGAUAAGUCUUGUAGAGAGAUUCUAUGAUCCACAGGCUGGUGAGGUUUUAAUUGAUGGAAUGAACAUUAAGAGUUUGCGACUUGAUUGGAUAAGAGGGGAGAUCGGCCUUGUUAACCAAGAGCCGUUGCUUUUUAUGACUUCUAUCAAAGAUAACAUAUCAUAUGGCAAAGAGGAUGCCACAAUUGAAGAGAUCAAAAGAGCAGCUGAGCUUGCUAAUGCAGCAAAUUUCAUCGAUAAAUUGCCCAACGGCUAUGACACAAUGGUUGGCCAACGUGGUGCUCAGCUCUCUGGGGGCCAAAAGCAAAGGAUCGCUAUUGCAAGAGCAAUAAUUAAAGACCCCAGAAUUCUUUUGUUAGAUGAGGCAACUAGUGCAUUGGAUGUGGAGUCAGAGCGGAUUGUUCAGGAAGCGCUUAAUAGGAUCAUGGUGAAUAGAACAACACUAGUGGUUGCACAUCGUCUGACUACUGUGAGGAAUGCUGAUUGCAUAUCAGUUGUUCAACAAGGGAAAAUAGUUGAACAAGGUCCCCAUGACAAGUUGAUAAUGAAUUCUGAUGGUGCUUAUUCUCAACUUAUUCGUCUGCAAGAAAGCCAAGAAGAGGAAGAUAAGCAAUUAGAUCGGCGCAUGUCUGAUCCAAGGUCUAAAAGUAGAAGCCUCUCACUGAAGCGAUCAAUAAGCAGAGGUUCCACAGGAAACAGCAGUCGCCAUUCUUUGACGCUCCCAUUUGGUAUGCCUGGUUCAUUUGAGUUGCUUGAAGGAGAUGAUGCAAACAGGGAGAAUCAGAAAGAGCGGGCUGAUGAUAGUGAGGCCCCUAAGAAAGCUCCUAUGGGACGGCUAGCUUGUCUUAACAAGCCAGAGCUACCAAUUCUUUUGUUAGGAGCAAUAGCAGCUGGAGUCCAUGGAACAAUUUUUCCAAUGUUUGGUCUAAUGCUUUCUAAUGCCAUCAACACUUUCUUUGAGCCGCCUCAUGAACUAAGAAAGCAUUCAAGCUUUUGGGGUUUGAUGUGUGUUGUGUUGGGUAUUAUAUCGAUAGUAUCAGUACCAGUGGAGUAUUUCUUAUUUGGAGUAGCCGGGGGAAAGCUUAUCGAGCGUAUUCGUACCUUGUCAUUUCAGAGCAUUGUGCACCAAGAAGUUGCUUGGUUUGAUGAUCCCAAAAACUCCAGUGGAGCGCUUGGUGCAAAGUUGUCAGUUGAUGCUCUGAAUGUUCGACGAUUAGUGGGUGAUAACUUGGCCUUGUUGACUCAGGUCAUCUCAACACUAAUCACUGGAUUUGUCAUUGCUUUUGUGGCAGACUGGAAGCUCACAUUGAUCAUCCUUUGUGCAAUGCCACUAUCGGGUGCUCAAGGUUAUGCACAAAUAAAGUUCUUGAAGGGAUUCAGUCAAGAUGCCAAGAUGCUGUAUGAAGAUGCAAGUCAAGUGGCUACUGAUGCAAUCAGUAGUAUCAGGACUGUAGCUUCUUUUUGUGCUGAGAAAAGAGUCAUGACAAUCUAUGAUCAUAAAUGUGAAGCUUCCAAGAAUCAAGGGGUCAGAACAGGAAUGGUUUUCUUUGCACUGAUGAUGGCAACAAUUGGCAUAUCUCAAACAAGUGCAUUGGCUUCUGAUUCUACAAAGGCGAAGGAUUCAUCUAUCUCCAUAUUUGCUUUAUUGGACCGAAAGUCAAAAAUCGAUUCAGGCAGUGAUGAAGGUUUGACAUUAGAUGAGGUCAAGGGUGACAUCGAUUUCCGACAUGUUAGCUUCAAGUAUCCAAGUCGUCCAGAUGUUCAAAUCUUCAGUGAUUUUACCCUGCACAUUCCCUCUGGAAAGACUGUAGCACUUGUGGGAGAGAGUGGCAGUGGAAAAUCAACAAUAAUUUCUUUGCUGGAACGAUUCUACAAUCCUGACUCUGGUACAAUCUCAUUGGACGGGGUAGAAAUCAAGAGCUUAAAAGUCAAUUGGCUAAGGGACCAAAUGGGGUUGGUGGGCCAAGAGCCUGUGCUCUUCAACGACACAAUCCGCGCCAACAUAGCAUAUGGGAAGCAUGGGGAGGUCACUGAGGAGGAGCUCAUCAAGGUCGCAAAAGCGGCCAAUGCGCAUGAGUUCAUAUCAAGUCUUCCCCAGGGGUAUGACACUACCGUUGGAGAGAGGGGGGUUCAGCUAUCCGGUGGCCAGAAGCAACGGGUGGCCAUUGCACGGGCUAUACUAAAAGAUCCUAGGAUUCUUCUUCUUGAUGAGGCAACAAGCGCCUUGGAUGCUGAGUCUGAGCGCAUUGUGCAAGAUGCCUUGGAUAAUGUCAUGGUUGGCAGGACCACAAUUAUUGUGGCACACCGCCUCUCAACGAUCAAAAGUGCUGAUAUUAUUGCAGUUCUCAAGGAUGGCGCGAUAGUGGAGAAAGGAAGACAUGAGACGUUGAUGAACAUCAAAGAUGGAUUCUAUGCUUCGCUAGUUGAACUUCGUUCAUCUUCAUCGUAGUACCUAGGUUAAGAAUUUUGUUCCGAUCACUAGGCAUUGUACAUCUUCCUAGAUUCUUCUCUGCAAGGGCGACGCCAGAGUCAUUUUUCCUGAUGCACGUGCACCAGGAUCUGAGUGAAGAUUUAAAGCUAAUUAGUGGAGCAAUUACUUGAUGAUUAUAGAGACUUUACAGUUUGGACCUCUUCAACAAAAGUUUAUCAGAGAGACUAUCAGUAAUAACAAUCCCAUGGACCGGGUAGGAAACUUGCUUAGAUGCUUA